AUGGCCGCAACCUUUUCCGCUUCGCGCAAAAGCUUGAGCAAAAGAACAGCGCCGUCGGGGGGCGCAACCCCCGCUAGGGAGAGGAAACCGACGCAGAGAUAUAAGCCCGUUAAUUACCUGAAACCGACUGAGGCCAAGAAUGAGAAGAAACCAAGACAACCAAGACAACUAAUCCAACCAAUCCCGGCCACAGAACCUCCGGCAGUGUUGCCAGCCAUUCAGAUAAUAGACCCAAGAACACCAGUUCCAAAGGACAACCCACUAAGGACCAUCAAACACCCUCUUAACAAGAAAUACAGGCUUCCAAGUAGCUAUAAACUGCUUAGGAAGGUUUCAGAUGAUAUUAGCAAGGACAUAACGCAGUCAAUCAAAACCUUCAAGUUCGACUUCUACAAUGAUGAUAGAUAUGCCUUCACUAUCUACCAGAAAAUGGAACAGAUGAAAGAGAGAAUCGAUAAUAACAUAAACGGUCCCAAUAGCUGGACAAACGAGAUAUACGCCUAUGACUUGACUAAGGAGCAAUACCAAAACCUCAAUUAUAUCCACAAGCCCACCCUCCAAGAGAUAAAAGAUAAUAAGUAUGUAGGCGGAAAGGUAAGCAAUGACAAGAACACAUAUCAGGUGCUCAAAUCCAUAAUUGAUAAGACGCUAUCGAAUAGGAUAGAUGAGAAUCUCACGUGGAUGGUUGAGAAUCACAGGGCGAUAAUCCUUGAUAUGCUCGUUUAUAGGUUCAAUAAAAGCCAAUCACUAAGCACAUUUUGGAAUGACUUAAAGGCCAUUACAAGAUUGAUAAAGAUAUGUCUAGGAGAUGAGCACGAACUGUAUUAUAAGAUGAGUAUGAUAACGACCGACUUUCAUAUGGGCAUCAUCCUAUCACAGGAAGGUAUCAACAGACUGAACAAGUACGAGCAGCAAACAUUCCUUCCCUUUGGAAUGCUACUGGACAUGACCGAGGAGAUGCUCGACACAUUCAUAAAGGCAUUCAGUGAUAACUCAACAGAUGCCUAUAAAUUCCAUACAUACACCAUUAUAAUGAUGUCAUAUCUCUAUACACCACCCGUGAGGAGUGAAUUGAACAAUAUGAAGAUAACGCACACGCUCGAGAACCUAGACAAAAAGACCAACUAUGUCUAUGUCCCAGAGAAUGGCCUUAUUAUGUACGUAUUCAAUAAGGCACAUAAAGGGCAUUCCCCAAUCAGGUAUAAGGUCGGUUGGUUCAACAACCCUAAUGAUAUAAACCCAUUGGCUUACAAGCUUAGCGACUUUGUAAGGGAGAGCAUCGCCUUAUAUCCUCGUGAGUAUUACAUAACGCAGGUCAAUAACAUGAACGCACCGGCUAAGAGCAACAUGGAAAAGUACCUUGCGGCUAUGUUUCAAGGCCAUCGGUUGGGCGUUAAUAUGUUCCGUUCGUCCUUUAUUACUUGGCUACACUCAAACAACGCAUCGGCGAACAUUUUAACUGAUGUCAGCUUGAAGAUGAGAAACAGCAUAAUAGCACAAUAUAAGAACUACAAGAAGGCACUAUUGCCGACCGAUAUUAUACGAAUCAAGCAGGAACCACGCGAUGAUAACGAGGGACCGAUAACAAUACAAGAAAACACCCCCGCAAACACCCCCGCAAACAUGCGCCAAGCAGUAAUCCCACAACCAAGAGCACCAGCCCAAGGAUAUAAGGACCCGCGGAAUCUGGCAUAUAAGGCACAACAACGCUAUAUUCAGAAGAUAGGUAAGGAUGCCUAUAACAAGUAUCAACAUAAUUACUAUGAAGAGAACAAAAAGGAGAUAAGCAUAAAGAAGGCAGUGAGACGCGUCAAUGACUUGCCAGAGGGUAAGAUUAACCCCUAUGACAUACCAAUAUUUCAUAAAAGCUCAAAAAAUGAUAUAAAGGUUCCAAUAAUGGAGAAUAUCAACAUCCCCCAAUAUUCUUGUCCUCAAUCCAAGUAUUACGCAAAGAGGAUUGUUAAUGACAAAGAAUUCUAUGAACAGGAGCGCGCGCGAUUGAGGAUAUACAAGAGCAUCAAGUACAACACCGACCCAGAGUAUAGACAGAAGGAGCUCAAAAGGGCAAGAGAGAGGUAUUACAAGAAGAAAGCAGAGCAGGCAAAUAAGCAAGAAGUGAGCAUAUGA